CAGGUCUCAGGCCCCCAGGCGGGGCGGCGGGCACCGAGUCACCAGGCACAACCGUGGGCUCCGAGUCAACUGGGAUGACCGCUGGCACUGGGUCAGACAUUGGAUCGUCUGGCUGGACAGCGGGCAUCGGGUCACCAGGCAUCAGGUCAUUUGGCUCGACAGCGGGCACCGCGUCAUCUGGCAAGGCAGUGGGCUCCGAGUCAACUGGUAUUGGAUCGUCUGGCUGGACAGCGGGCACUGGGUCACCAGGCAUCAGGUCAUUUGGGCUUGACAGCGGGCCACCGCGUCAUCUGGCAAGGCAGUGGGCUCCGAGUCAACAGGCACGACAGUGAGCACCGGGUCAUCAGGUACCGGAUUGUCUGGCUCGACAGCGGGCAUCGGGUCACCAAGUAUGACAGCGGGCACUGGGUCACCAGGCAUCAGGUCAUUUGGCUCGACAGCGGGCACCGGAUCAGGUACCGGAUCAUCUGGAUCAACAGCGGGCAUCGAGUCAACUGGCCUAAUAGGAUCGUCAGGCUGGAUCAGUUCAUCAUGCUGGGUAGAGGCAAUCAGGCCGAGUAGAGGCAU